AUGAUAGAUCAUAGUAAAGAAAAAUGUAAUAAAAAUGAUGCAUUUAGAAAAGCUUUCUCUCUUUUCUCUUAUCCUAGCAAUGAAGAAGAAAGGGUCAUCAAAUUCUGGCCUUUGAAAUUUAAAGAUAAUGAAGAAGAGUUCAUAUACUUUAUUAAUCUAUAUGAUAAUAUUUAUAAGAAAAAACUUUUUAUUUUGAUUUCUCAUUUAAGCUCCCUCUUAUUUAUGUACUCUAUUUGUUUAAUCGUUGGGAAGAUAAACGAUUUAUUGUCUAUCCUAAAUUUGACAUUCGUAUUUUUACAUACUUUUGCUGCGCUUAAUAUAAUACUUAUGCUAAUAUUACACUAUACACACUAUAUAGAAAAGUUUAAAAAUAUUAGAGGGAUACUAUUUAUCUUCUAUACUAUUUUGAUAUUCGUCCUAUGGUGUUCAUGGAUAUUUAUAUUAUUUACUGAUGUUAAGGAUCAUCUACCAACCGUUGUGAAUGUUAAUAAUUUUUUAUACGCAACAUACGUCCAUAAUAAAAUAAAUAUUGUAUUAUGCUUUUUUGGAUACCUUCCAGUUUUCUAUUUGAUAACAGUAAUACCAUGCAGAAUAUGUUACUCCUACAUUUUCGACGUGUUGUUCUUCAUGAUGAAGAUAGCAAUUUUUUCCGUUUACUACAUUAUUACAGUGAAGAAUUAUAUCCUAACAGACAAUAUAUUUAUGAUAGCGUCAUCAUUUGUAGGUAGUAUUUUUAUAUUUAUAAUAAGAUACAUCAUUGAAAUUCAAAGAAGAUUAGCUUUUCAUAAUUGGAAUAAACAAUCAAAACAGAUUAUUAAAUUAAAGAUAAACCUAAGGGAACAGAAGGAAAGGUCAUCAGUGACUAAUAUUGAAGAAAUUUACAACAUAAUUAACGACUCCAUUGGAGAUUAUUACAAUUUAAAUACAAGUCCAAGAGAAAAAAAUAUUUGUAUCGUCAAUAAUUUAGAAAAAAUUUUAAAUAUUCUAAAGGAGGAUAAUUUGUUCUCUCCUGAUUUGAAAACCAUAAACAAAAAAAAUUAUAAUCAUAUAUAUGGGUAUAUGAUGGAUAUUAAGAAGAUUAAACAGAGAUUAAUUCAUAAGGGAACAUAUAAGGAGGAAGGAACCGUAGAAGGAACGGAGGAAUGUAAAGAAGAAUGUGCUGAAGAAUUUAAGGAAGAAUCGGAAACAGAAUCGAUGAUUGAAUCAUUAUCAGAAGUACGGUCUAAGGGUAAAUUAGAUUUACAAUCUAAAGCUUCUUCAAAAAAGGGCGAGCAUAAAAGUUUCAUAAGUAACUUUGACAUAAACAUGCAUCCUGAAGAAUUAGAUAUAGACAUAUGCAACACAAAAUUUCUAAACACAGGCGCACCUAAUGAAGAUAUUUUUAUUCAUAUAGGAAAAUAUUUAUUACACAAAUAUUACACGGCUAGCGAAAACAUACCAAAUGAAACAUUAUAUUCACUGCUUUAUGAAAUGAAAAGGGGAUAUAACAAUGUUCCUUAUCAUAAUUGUAUUCAUGCAGCUAUGGUAACACAACACUGUAAUAUUCUAAUCAAUAAUUUGGACACAGCGAAUAUAUUACGAGAUAACGAAAUGGCUGCUUUUUUGGUAGCUGCUUUGGGCCACGAUAUAGGACACUUUGGGAGAACAAAUAUUUUUCUUAAAAACUGCUCAAACUUUUUGAGCGUAAUUUAUAAUGAUAAAUCAAUUUUAGAGAAUUAUCACUGUUCUUUUUUAUUUCAUAUAUUACUUAAAGAAGAAAAUAACAUUUUUAAAAAAGAGGAUUCAAAAAGUCUAUUAAACCUGAGGCAACAAAUAAUUGAACUAAUCUUAGCAACUGAUAUGAGUAAGCAUAUAAAAAUAUUAGCUCAAUUUCGGAUUAAGUCUAUUAAAACCAAAUCAUACAUAGAAAAAAAUAUUAUUUUAUGUUUAAAGAUGAUUAUAAAAGCUGCUGACUUAUCUCAUAAUUGUGUUGACUGGGGGGAGCAUUAUUUAUGGGUUAAAAGAUUAGUAAAUGAAUUUUAUUAUGAGGGAGAUGAACAAUUGGAAAGAGGAUAUCAAAUUAACCCCCUAUUUGAUAGGAAUUCUCAUAAUAAUUUUAUACAAAUUCAAAGAACAUUUCUAAAAGAAUUAGUUUAUCCUUUAAUAACUUCUCUUAAAACUCUUGACAGAAGCACCAUUACACAAGUUAUGAUGGACAAAGUUAAAAGAAAUUAUUCUAAAUGGACAAAAAUAGAAAAAAGCGAUACAAGAAAAAAAAAAUAUUUAAGUGAACUGUUAAAUAAUAUUCCCGAUUCAUGGAAAACUCCCUAUAAACCAAAUUUAACCAUUUAUCAACUGCAGAAAUGUAAAUAUAAUUCUUGA